UCGAGUCUGGUUUGCUGUGGCGAAAGGACACUAUCCACUUUCCCGAGAGCUACAAGAUGGCGAUGAACAGACUCCUGGGGUUGGAGAAGCGUCUGUCCAGAGAUUCGGAACUUCGACAGAGAGUGAACGAGCAGAUCAACAGCUUCGAACAAAAGCAGUACAUCAGUAAAGCAUCAAAGCAAGAAGUCGACAGUCUAGAUUCCCGCCGUGUCUGGUAUCUACCGCUGGGAGUAGUGAUCAAUCCCAAGAAGCCAGGCAAGAUUCGCAUGGUUUGGGAUGCGGCCGCAAAAGCUUAUGGAGUCUGUUUCAACGAUAUGCUGCUGAAGGGUCCGGAUCUUCUCGUACCGCUAGUAAACGUUCUAUUGCGAUUCAGACAGGGGAAAGUCGCCGUGUGCUCCGACAUUCGGGAAAUGUUCCUCCGAAUCCUCAUCCGUGAUGAAGACAGAUGGUCGCAGUGCUUUCUUUGGAGAAGUAGUCCGGAGGAAGAAGUACAAGUUUACGUAAUCAACGUGGCGAUGUUCGGUGCAACCAGCUCGCCAUGUACAGCGCAGUUUGUGAAGAACUGGAAUGCUUCUGACUACAGCGAGCAGUACCCCAGAGCAGUGGAAGCAGUUACCAAGAACCACUACGUGGAUGACUUCCUCGACAGCGUCAACUCGGUGGAAGAAGCAGUACAGUUGGUACAGCAAAUGCAAGAUAUCCAUGCAGCAGCCGGUUUCCAGUUUGGGAAGAUACUGUCCAACGAGCAGGAAGUGCUAGACCGACUAGGAGAGACGAGUACAGCGAUCAGUAAACCACUGCCAGUAGACAAAGACCGAACAUACGAACGUGUUCUGGGCGUCACAUGGAUUCCGUCGGAAGAUGCCUUCACAUUUAAUAGCCAGGGAUUGGAGGAAGUUCUAGGUGCCGAUUGGGCGAUACCAACGAAGCGCCAGGUCCUGCGUAUUGUGAUGAAGCUCUACGAUCCCUUGGGAUUCAUCGCACACUUCGUCCAAGGGAAGAUUCUGAUGCAGGAGAUUUGGCGGACAGGUACAAACUGGGACGAGCCUAUUGCGGAGCAACCACGCGAACUUUGGACAAGGUGGAUGGAGCAGUAUCAGCAGAUCAAAGAAGUAAACGUUCCGCGCUGCUUCUUCAAAGAUUUCUGCCCACAGCAAGUCAGCGAUAUUCAGGUCCAUGUGUUCACAGAUGCUAGCGUGUCCGCCUGUGCGUGUGUGGCCUACCUUAGAAUCACAGUAGAUGGAGAAAGUCAGUGUUCGCUGAUCGCAGCAAAAACUAAAGUUGCGCCUCUUCGAGCACUUUCUAUUCCACGUUUGGAAUUACAGGCUGCCAUGAUGGGUUCCCGUUUACUACAAAACAUCUGUUCGGCCCUAACCAUCAACAUUCAGAGGCGUUUCCUGUGGUCAGAUUCAGCAACAGUUCUUGCUUGGCUUCGCUCCGAUAGUCGUCGGUAUCAUCAGUUCGUGUCUUUCCGUGUUGGUGAAAUCCUGUCGCUGACUAGUGUGGAUGAAUGGCGCUACGUUCCUUCUCGCGAAAAUGUAGCGGACGAUGCCACAAAAUGGAAUAGGGGGCCUUCAUUCGACCCGGGUUGCCGUUGGUACCAGGGUCCAGCAUUUCUGCAAGAUCCGGAAAGUCAGUGGCCUACGGAACGGCCAGGAGAUACAGCGGAAGCAUAUGCGACCACCGAAGAAAUUCGCCUCGUUGCAGUACACCGAACAGUAGUGGAAGUGAUAGAUAUUGAACGAUUUUCCAACUGGAACCGACUGCUACGUGCGACAGCAUAUGUUCACCGAGCUGUAGCAGUAUGGAAGCAUUCAACGAGCGGGACAAGAUCGCUUAAAGUACUGAGCCAGAGUGAAUUUGCGAAAGCUGAAGAAACACUUUGGCGACAGGCGCAAGCACAGGCGUAUCCGGAAGAAGUUCAGCUGUUGGAAGAAGGACAAAGUGUGACAAAAGACAGUUCAAUUCGUGCGCUGUUUCCAUUCCUGGACGAAAAAGGAGUUCUACGGGUUGGCGGCAGAAUCGAACAAGCUCCAUCGAUUUCAUACGAAGCGAAGCACCCAGUCGUGUUGCCGAGAAGUCAUCGGAUCACAUACCUCGUUGUGCUCAGCUUCCACCAGCAGUUCCUGCACGCGAACACCGAGACAGUGUGCAACGAAUUGAGGCAACGGUUCUACAUUCCGAGGAUGCGAACAGUAGUGCGGAGCGUAUGUCGUAGCUGUCAGUACUGCAAGAUUAAGAAAGCAGCACCAGUUCCACCGAUCAUGGGACCGCUUCCGAAGGUUCGUUUGACUCCCUUCAUUCGUCCGUUUACGUACGUCGGCGUUGACUACCUGGGUCAUUUCGAAGUGAAAGUCGGUCGCAGUAUUGUGAAGCAGUGGAUCUGUUUGUUCACGUGCCUCACAGUUCGAGCAGUUCAUCUGGAGCUAGCACACAGUCUGUCAACGAAGUCUUGCGUAAUGGCGUUCAGGCGUUUCGUUAAUCGGCGAGGAGCUCCGCUGCAAGUAUUCUCGGACAACGGUACCAACUUUGUGGGAGCCAGUCGUCAGUUGUCAGAGGAGAUCCAGAGGAUUAGAACCAUCAACGAGGAUUGUGCGGCUACGUUUACUAACGCCCGUACGCAGUGGCACUUCAACGUUCCUGCAGCUCCGCACAUGGGAGGACCGUGGGAGCGGAUGGUGAAGUCUGUAAAAGUAGCAAUGGCAGCAAUAUCCGACAGUCCGCAUCAUCCGAGUGACGAGGUGCUCGAAACCAUAAUGCUGGAAGCAGAGGGGAUCGUUAACAGUCGUCCACUGACCUACGUUCCCUUAGAAGCAGCCGAUCAAGAAGCGCUCACUCCGAAUCACUUCUUGCUGUACGGUUCGAGCGGCAUAAAGCAGCCUACAGUCGAUCAGUCAGUCAGUCUUCGAGACAGCUGGUCAGUCGCUAGGAACAUCGUUGACGAAUUCUGGCGCAGAUGGGUGUUGGAGUAUUUGCCGAUGUUAACAAGGAGGACGAAGUGGUUCGAGAACGUGAAACCUUUGGAGCCUGGUGAUCUAGUCGUGAUAGUAGAUGAACAGACACGAAACAGUUGGGAAAGAGGAAGGAUUCUGGAGGUCUUUCCGGACAAAUCAGGCCAAGUUCGACGUGCAGUAGUACAGACAGCUCGAGGAGUCUUCGCCAGGCCGGCAGUGAAGCUGGCAGUCCUGGAUGUGGCGAGCAACGAUAAGAAGGCGGAUGGAGUCGCACCGGAAACGGAAGUGGUUCACGGGGCGGGGAAUGUUACCGGCAACACUGUUGACCGCGAAACGAUGGUGAAACCACCGUCCGUUCCCUCGUAACUGAGCGGCUGUCGCCGAGUGGACUAACAGAUCAGACAGCAGCUGAUAGAACAAAGACAGACAGAUUCGUUUAGAUUUCGCUAGUACACAAUUAGGCAGCGUUUUUGGCAAACAAGUGAAUUCAGUGGAUUAUUUCGAUAGUUAAAAGUGAGUUUGGUGAACUAUUUGUUUCCAUUGUUAUAAUGAAUUUAUUCUGUUAUAGUCAGUAAAAUUACAGUAGUUUCGGACAAAGUCAGCACCGCACAGUAAGGAAAAAAAUCCAGUUAGUCAAGGUACGUUUGGUACAGAAGUCAGAAUUAUUCUCAUGUCCGUAGUUCAUAACCUGAAAUGAAACAAUAAUGUAAUUUCUGUAGAUUGUACUGUCCACGUUAUUCCCGGUUACCGACACACCAGAAAAGUGACCGAAAAAUACCGAAAUUGUAAGUAUUUACUGUUAACUGAUAACUGACAACCCACCAAACUCGACUGAAUUUGAUUAAAUAAAAUUACAGCUUUGUAGCUGCUAAGUCUGCAACUAAAAGAACGGUGUUUGUUCUGACGAUCGGGAACACCAUAUUUUAGAAAAAUAGGUAAACUGAUCUUAGCGUGUACGGAGAUUUUGUCUUUCGCUCCCCCCUGGCGUUAGCGGCACAAUUUUGAACUAAACUGUUCGCCUUCCGGAUAAUACAAAUGGAUUUUGAAUUAACUUUGCCGAAGACUCAAACUUUCUCUCUGGUCAACACCACGAGAUAGAGAAAAAAACUCAUUUUUUCAAUACCCUUUGGCAUCACCUAGCGGUAAAACUACGAACCAACUGCUUCCAUUCGAGAUCGCGAGAUAAAACUAGUAAUAAAUGCUAAUUUUACAUGCUCACUAGUGUAACCUAGCGGCAUUAUCGUGAAUCAAACUUCAUGCACUCUGAAUGCUAUUGAUCUUCUGAACAACUUUGCUGAAGACUGUGCCUUUACAGGUUAUCAGGAUUUCGAGAUACAUAAUGUACAGCAGAAUAAAUUUAGCUAUUUUCAAGUGAUGGUAAACUUUUUAGAGGAUGAUGCAAUAUUAAACAGAGUGUUGAGAUACUUCUUCAAGCGAGUCCGUACUUAUGACGGACAGAGUAUCUUGUCAUAUAAUUUAACUGCAAAUGAGGUCUGUGACACUAUAUACAAGUUACCCUGUAUUUGGUACUACAGUAGACGUUCGCUCGGUACAAACGGUUUAACUGCAAUGCUUUUUAACUGCAAGUUCGCUAAGUGCAACAAUUUUGCAGUUAUCGCACCGCUAUCUGUCAAAAACAAAACGUCAACAGAGUUGCGAUGUUUUUCGGAUGCACUACAGCUGCGUUGCGAUGUUUUUGAGUGCAUUCUGGCUGCGUCCAACAGCAUUUGACAACUGUUUGACGGCUGUCAGUCGUUGCAGUUAGCGAAUUUCAUUCGGUAACUGAAACAUAAACAUGUUGCAUUUAUCGAACGUCUACUGUAUUCGCAACAGUUGUACGGUGAAUGUAGACAGCAAGGCGCCUUUGUAAACUUGAAGGAUCCCGCCAAAAAAUAUUAAUUUUGAUUAGUUAGGUGUUUCCUAUGAAUUCGGGAAAAUCAAUCUAGAAAAUUUGCUAAACCCGCAUGAUUAGCGAAUUUGCAAAAAGAAACUUAUGGUCAUUUAUUAACCCAGCACCAGCAGAGUUUCGUCACGAACUAUUUCAGAUUAAUAAUUAUCACUCGUCUACCACUGUUUCGAUAUGUACAUACGUCACCGAUCCGAUCCGGUGCGCGCCACAGAAACCUUCGUGGGGUAGGUGUGAAAAUGAUUCAGAAUUUGGCCUGCAGUUAAAGUUAUUGCGUUUCGCAUUUGGGAAUGAAGUCAUUCCACAUGUUGAACUGUAAUAAUGUUGUUGUUGUUAUACUCAUUGUAAGAAAUAAAAGCUUUAGAUACCGAAAUCCCUUAUCAAACACUAUACGACUAUACUUUCCAAAUGUAUGUACCCACAUAGUGUGAAACGUUCCACCUUUCUGGGACCUUGAGGAACGUUAAAGACCGGCCACGUUUCUUGCACUCACCAUUCGAGACAGCAGCGCAGUGACCGACGUCCUCUCUGCCGAAGCAGUGUGUUAGUCUAUAGUGGACCGACGCGAAGUUUCGUUGCCAUUUAUUGUGUCUGAUGAAUCAGCAUGAUUGAUAUUUUCUCGUUCCUCUUUCGCUGCUGGUGCGUUUUAGCCGGCUAACCACAGCUAUGGGUUUUUCUACCACAUUCACGUAGGACACUGUCAAUUUCCCGAGUUGUAGUGGAUGGCAAAUCGAGAACAAAACUAGCAUGAACUGUUAUAUCCGCUAUACAGAGUUACGUUACGUAAUCAACUAAGGUUACUGGACCUACUUGAAAACUAAUAGACGAUUCACAUCGUCUUCAGCCAGAUGCUGCACAGGCUGAACACAUUACUUACACUAGACCACGGACAACACACAGAACACCCAGUGGCCCAGUGAUGAGUUUUUCGUUUGACAAAAAGUUUCCACCGACUGCAGCGGGAAUCGAACCCACACUCCGAGGCUUACGAUACGCCUAGACGACUGCCACUGCUAAUCGCACGGCCACGAAGCCCAUAAUAGUUAUCUGUUUUUGGGAUAUUCAAGGUCGUCCAAACUGACAUGCAGUUUAGUCCUUGUACCUAGGUUAUAGGUGUUACAAUAGUUACUCUCGCUAUGAAGUUUUAAAACACAUAUCCAACUUUACUCAACGAUCCCAAUGGAAAUGGAAAAUUCAUUCUGGGUAUUCCAUACCUGCCAAACUACUCCAAAAGGGCAGAACUUGAGAUUUACACUCGUUAUAGUAGUCUUAUAUACUGUACAGUGAUCUGUUCCAUUCUAAUGACAAAAUAUUGUCUCUAGUUGUAAUGUUCUAUUAUUCGGGUCAGGGUUCGCUAUGUUCAUGAAUGGUUUGUUAAUACCUAACACUUCCACGCACACCUUCACCGCGUGGCCGUCCAGAGUGUAAUGUCUAGAAAUGCAGACUGAACUCACAGCUGAGCUGCUGAUGGUAGCUGAUCACAUGCGUUUAGGAGACAUGGCGAAUGACGCAGGGCAGACAGUUCAUUUAUUUUUCCUACUGUCUAUGAACACAGACAUAAACCUGCCUACAAUGUUGCACUUGCACUAAGUGUUCUGUUGUAUUUAGAGUAGUGCGUAGGAUGAGAAUUUAUAGGCAAAGAGAUGUAGGGUGAGAAAGUUACGUUACAAAAUAAGGUUUCUCAUUUGGUCACACUUUCAGUUCAGGUUCAUACAUUGUAAGCUCUGCCUUAUUUCGAUUGACGAUGCACAAGAUGCUCAUGUUUAUAAAACAUGAGAGUAAUUUAUUUACGAAUGACAUUCGUGGUAGCGUAUCGCUUCGCUAUAGAAUGUAUAAUGUCGCGCUGAAUGACUCGCAAUGAUUUGGUUAGCAUGUAUGUAGUCCCGAUGCUGAUGCCAAGAAGACUAACGCGCGUGAGAAUGGUAUGGUGGAUUUGUAGUUUAUUUUCUUAUUUAUCGAUAUGUACCACCAUACUUACACCGCCGUACGAAUCACAAGAGUGCUGCCUCCAAAGAGUAUAGUUGUCUCGGUGGGUUUGUUUUGUUCUGGAAACUGUUCGUACUAGCUGGUCGUGAGAAAGUGUUACAGUAUCGAACAAAAGUUUAUUACUUUUUCAUAUAUUUUUAUUUUGUUACCUACGUAAAGUGAACCUCACCCUUAUAGUUUAUUUUACGAAACGACAACAGUGUUGAUAUUGAUAUUAACACUCACGGGCUUGGGUGCAACCUCCUGUCAAAUUUUCAUUCAUGAAAUGAGCGAUCAGCUGAUCCGAAACGUCUCGUAAAAUGGCUCAUUAGCGAAAUAAAUUCGCAUGAAAAAGAUGCUCGAUCUUUAACUGAGCUUGUGGGGUACAGUAGACGUUCGCUCGGUGCAAACGGUUUAACUGCAAUGCUUUAUAACUGCAAGUUCGCUAAGUGCAACAAUUUUGCAGUUAUCGCACCGCUAUCUGUCAAAAACAAAACUUCAACAGAGUUGCGAUGUUUUUCGGAUGCACUACACCUGCAUUGCGAUGUUUUAGAGUGCAUUCUGGCUGCGUCCAACAGCAUUUGACAACUGUUUGACGGCUGUAAGUCGUUGCAGUUAGCGAAUUUCAUUCGGUAAUUGAAACGUAAACAUGUUGCAUUUAUCAAACGUCUACUUACCUGGGCACCCCCCACAGAAUUUCGUCCCUUACCGCGUUAAUGCUGGGCUCUGGCGUGAUGGAUCUCUUUUCCCGUGAUACUCGUGGGAUUCAAAAAUGAAUUCCAAUCAAAAUAAAAAAAAUAAUCAACAGGAGGUAGUGGUAGUGGCGAGGCUAACCCCUUCGCAAGAUCAUCGAUUUUGCGUCCAUGAAGUCCAACAUUAGUAAGGACCGGAAAACGGCACUGUUGCGACUUCGUAAAUCGAUGGAUGAUGCCAAGCCGGAUCACGUAAGACUUGGAAGACUGCAGCAACGGCGGAGCCGGUGAAAGUAAAGGUUACGAAGUCUACCCAGACGGAGGCCUUCGCUUUCGCAGGAACUUCCUGCCAGGAAGUACAAAAGGUGUGGCGGAUGCGACUGCUCGUGACUCACAGACGCAGCCAGGAGGAUGCUAUCUGUGAAGGUCGGAAGUAAUGCCGGCAAGUAGGACCUCAGCCAGGCUUCCCGGAAAGCUGGGAAGAGUGGGCCUGAAAAGGCAAUUGUUCUUGGGCCCUCAACAACCACAGAGUAGGGCGUACUAAGGGGAGGACUCCCCUUGGACGAAGGUCGAACGGACAAAAAGGAGAAAAAGCCGCACAUCGAGGAAGUCAGGUUUACGUCCACGGUUGACCAAAGCGUGAAAGAGCAUCGUAAUUCGGGGUCCAAUUGAUCACUUUAAAACAACUUUUGCGGAUAACUUUAGUAGAAAUUAGAGCAUAUUGCCAUAUGGAACUCCAUGAAAUUACGUGACACAAUUUAGCUCGACUCAAAAUAUCAAAAAAAUGAAAAUAUAAUCCACGAGUGCAUAUUUACUAAUUUUUCGACGUUUUUAUUGGCCGUAGUUGAAAAUACAUAAUUUUUAAAUGUUUUGUCCUGUCCCUAGCUUAUACAGUCGACUCUCCACAUGUCGAUAACGUACCUCAUUCGCCCUCGUACGGUGUUACAACAUUCUCGUCCAUGCUGCAUUCUUCUCAUUUUUCAACUGUUCACAUUCGCCGUCGUACCAGUCGUUUCUGUGAUUCGGAGUUGCGUAGCCUAGUGAUGCAGCCGACGUACUACCUAUGGUGGAUCGGACGUCCCUCCAGCCACCUUCAAGUGCAUACACUUAUAUAGCUAUAUAGCUGCGCCAAGCUGCUCUUUCGUUGGUAGGACCACUGCUAACUGAUGUGCGUAAUCUUGAGCCACAUCUACGUUACGUAGCUGCUCGAUGUUGAGCCGCGUCUUUGCGUCCGUGAAGUCUAAUAUUAGCAAGGACCUCAAGCAGGCCCUUAUUAGACUUCGUAAGUCUAAGAUGGUGGCAGAAGCGGCAGAACCCGUGAACUUAAGGGUUCUGAAGUCUACCCAGACGGAGGCCUUUGCUUUCGCAGGUAAUACAAGUAAUCGCAGAAGCGUGUGAGAUAGCCGUCAAGUAAAAAGCUACCAGGCGGCGCCCGCAAGUCACCUAGGCUGCUAACCAAAAAGGUUUUUGUUUAUUCCUUGUUGGGUGUCUAAGUCACUACGACUAGUUGUUAGAUCUAUUAUGAAGAUUGGUAGUAAAGCCGGCAAGUCGAAUCCCAGCCAGGCGUCCUGAAAAUACCGUCCCGAAUCGAAAGAAAUAGGGACUUGCGACCACUGAUUGGCUCUCAGAAAUCACAAGCUACCACUGUUCAAGGGAGAGGACGUCCACAGGACCAAAGUAUAGCGGAAGAAGACGAAACCGCAGCAGGUGUAGGACCGUUGGGACACCAGGCCUAGCAAAACUUAAAGGGGAGGUGUCAAGCGAGUGAAAGGCGACGCGCUCGUCAUCAAAGCUGAACCGCUGAAUCCAAAUUCAACAAUCGCGUAACAAUAUUGACAAUGUCGCACCCUGCGUUUGUUGCGCUUGUCACAACUUGAACAGAAUAGGAUAAAGAUCGUACACCACGAGUUUAGAGAUUUUUAAGCCUUGCAUUGGGGUCAGCACGAGUCGGUAAACACUGCCACGCUGUUGAAGAUCUACCUCCAAACAGUUUCAAUUUUGGGUUAGUAAUAAUCGAUUAUUCACGAGUUGAAAAAUAUGCACAAAUUCAGCUUCCGUUUUGUCUGCAACACAAAUUUUCGAUAUCAUGACAUUAUCUGCUAUCAGUUGCGAAAAAAAGAAUCGUCACGCCUUCUUUGUUGCUUGUUUUGUGCCCAAUUUGUCUAACAAUUCUCUUCUCUGGACUGGACAGUCCAAGUAAUCGGAAGGCUUGAAGGCGAUUAGGAGCGAUGCAGAACUCGUGAAUCUGGGAGCCGACGUGCGCAGAAUACAGCUUCCGCUCGAUAACUGGACUUUGUCGACAGUCCAGUAAGCGAGCGCCGCUCGAUAACUGGACUGAGCUUCCGGAGCCGGAGGCUAUUGUUAUAUUUUGUUUUGUUUACCGAUUUGUGAAAUGUGAGGUUAUAUUUCGCUUAUUUUUGACAGAUAACUGCUUUUUAACUCGACUUUGCCCCAGUUAUCGAGCGCCCAGUUAAAAAGCAGUCCAGUUAAAGAGCAGUCAGUUAUCGAGCGGAUGCUGUACGUCUAUCGUACAGGUGAAAUGAUCCUCGAGAUCAAGCGCGACAAGGAACGCAAGGGUGCCGUCUACAUAAGUCUGGCGGAAGAGGUCCUUGGCGAGGGUGUUGAGGUGAAGAGUUUGUAACGCAGAAGAGCUCGUCACGGCACUGCGGCAACAGUGCGUGGUGUAUGUGGCCACUACGUUACGCUACGGAAGGGCCCGGCAAGGACACAUGUAGCCUUGGUACAGCUACCUGUGGCAGGCGCUAACAAGUCCGCUAAAGUAGGGAAGCUCAAGCUGGGUUGGUCAGUAUAGUAACUGACCUUGCACGAGCACCGGAGGCUUGCUUCAGGUGUUCGGAACCAGAACACAAUUCAUUGGACUGCAAAGACCCUGAAAGAAGAUGUGUCGACAAUGUGGCGGUGAAGGCCACAAGGCUGCACGAGUCCUCCCAUGUGUAUUAGACCUGUUCACUUUUUUUUACCUACCCGUGUCACAUCAAAUUAUCAAUCCACAUGCAAAAACAAGGCUUCAGUCCAAAAAUGAGCCAAAUUGGUAAAGGUUUAGAGGUGUAUCAAAUCGAUUUUGUGUUUUUUCGAGCAUUUUCACGAAAAUGUACUCCAAUAUCCAGAAAAUUGCUCUGGAAAGAUACCGAGAAUACCGUUAAAAUAUAGUUAGAAAAAUACUCUACAACUUUGCCGAAGCCACUACGGUGUUUAAAUUGCGUAUUUCAAAGUUAUUCAACAAUUUUCGUUAAAAAAUCACGAAAAAAUACAAUAUUUUUACGAUUUUUCAUGUGAAAGUCAUGUAAUUUGGUGCAGGUGGUUGUUUCAAAUUGGUGCAGGUGGUUGAGCAUGAGAUUGUCGAUUCGAAGAUUCAAGGUUCGAGUCCUGGAAUAGGAUUUUUUGCGUCUCGAUCCAGCUAUAAGUUAAUGAAACUACGCACUGCAUCUCAUUGCAAUUUGGCAUCAUAGCCUUGUUUCAAAACCGUAUCUCGUCGCCACGAUUUAUUGUCAACAAGUAAACUAGGGUGCGUGUACCAAUUAUGGCACUACCUAAGGAAAGCUAUUUAUACAAAAAUAACGAGAAGACCAACGAAUGUCAUCAAUAAGUUAAAAGACAGCUUAGUUUCCAUACUUUACAGGGAAAAUAUAGAAACGGAGCCAAAACUACUUUUAGUAUUGAUUACAGCGCGUGCCAAUGAUAGGAACCCUUUACCAGUUAUGGUUACAUUUUUUUAACUUCGGUUCCUUUUCGCACUAUUUGCAUGCAUUCCUUAUGGGAUUAGCCAUAACUGGUACACUAUGGCGAAAAAGGGUGCAAGGAAGCCGAAAUUUUAAGGAAAAUUAUUUCUAUCAUGAUUUGAGGAAAAUGUGGAGUUUAAAUGAGUGCAACUAUAUUUUGUGAACGUGAUCUGUUGUUCAAAAUUUUUUCUUGUUGAUUUACAUCGUUAAAGGGUGAAAAUUUACUGUGGCAAAUAAUUGGUACUAUAGCCAUAAUUGGUACACUUACCCUAUAUAUCUAGCUAGUCCUGGAAUGGGCUUAAUUGGCAGGUCCCGAUCAUUAUUAUUUGGGAGAUUGCGUGUACACCGUGUCCAAUAAGUUCUCAUACAAAAUCAAAUUCAAUUCAUUUCACAUCUGUAAUUAGGAUUUUCGAAGUAAAUUUAUUUAUUGAAAGGCCAACUAACAUACACCAAAUACAGCAUAUGUUUCGGAACUAUCUGUCCUUUAUCCUUCACUGCUGAUCGCUUAUGUGUCGUAAGUCCAUUUCAGCUGGCACGCACGCCAUUUCAUUGAUAUUUCGUCACAUUUUAACAAGUAAUGGUUUUAAGUUGAAUCAAAUUAGGUUUUGCAUUGCUAGUAGCAACUAUGACCAGAAGAGAAAAAAUAUGAGAUGCUGUAUUGGUAAAGUACGGAGCCGUUUUAUUUUGUUCAAAAUAAAACGUAAGUUAAACAAAAAUGUGCAUUUACCUGUUUCAAUGAGAUUUGUUGUGUUAAAGAAGCAUGGGUGCAUCUUAUCUGGUUGAUUCAUACCAUUCUCACUCAAAAAACAUGCUUGUAUUCCUAUUGUGGUAAAUAUUGUCCAAAAUUUUCGUUUUAUGAUGUUUAUCUUUGAUAUAACGGUAAUUUUCAUGAAAAUCAGCCCAAGUUGAGCUUACUUGCAAAUUUCUUACCAUAUCAUAACUAAAACUGUAUUGUUUUUUUAGCCUUAGUAUAUCCAUUUGGUACAUAAGUUGGGAUACAAACUCAAAAUUUAUCCUCGCUACUCCAUUUCGCUACCGUAGAAUGAAAAACUUUUCGGAUAUUUUUCUUGCGUGUCAGAGAAAACGGAUUUCAGAAAACGAAAGUGUACCCCUAGGCUUAUAAAAACAAAUCUAUAUAUAUAUAAAUGAGUUUGAAAUUCCUUUGAGGCAACAAAACUCAAGAACGGCUGAACCGAUCAGGAUCACUCUUGCAAGGUUAGAUUCGUAUUCUUGGUGGCUGUGUUUAUAUGCAAAAAAAAGUUACGAAAAUGAACUAAAAUGUAGAAAAAUUGUGAAACUACCGCAAUUUGCAUGAACUGGGAAGAAAAUAAACACGAUCGCAAUAAAACCGAUCUAGAGUGCCGUGGUCCAAUGAACCCAACAGUUGUCAAACCACCACAGCCACAAAUGGCAAAACAACGUUUGCCGGGACAGCUAGUAGAAAAUAAAGUUAUUCUAAAUCGUAUGCUUUAUUUGAUCAGUAUUAUGUGGCCCUUCAAUACAUGUAUUCAUUUUGAAAAUAUGAAUCACAUAUGUGAAAUAAAAUUAUAUUUUCUAAAUUUGUAUUUUGUAUGAGAACUUAUUGGACACGGUGUAAGUCAUGGCAGAUUCAUCACCCUAACAGCUACAAAGAAAGAAAGAAAAAAGUUUAUCAUGUAUUUGAGCUUGAACCUGGGACCUUCUGAUCCGCAGGCUCGAGCCUUAUCAUCUGCACCAUUUCUGAUACAUAAAUCGAAAGACAUUAGAAUACGAAGGCAUGACAUCUUAAUCAUGGGUAACUUUGUUUUUAUUCGUGCUGGUAACUCUGUACGAUUUUUAGCAUCAACGUGACAUACAGGGGAUGGCCAAAAUGUUUGGGAUAGGCAACUUUUUUUUCUCUCACAAAAACGUUCAACAUGCUAUAACUUUUCAUAGAGUGCAUCAAAAAAUCUCAAAUUUUGACUGUUUGUCUACCUAUUAUAUGUGCAUCAUUGGUACAAAUUUGGGCUCGAUUGAAUAAUAUUUCGCAAAGUUAGAACCGUUCGGGUAAAACACUAUUUUUCAGACAACUCAUUUUUGAGCUGUCAUAUCUCGGAAACCAGUGAACCGAAUUGAAUGAAAUUUUGAACGUACACUAACAAUAUGUAAAUGCUUCACAAACUAUUAAAACAUAGGUACUUUUUAAACGUUGAAAAAAGUUAUCAUGGAUUGACACUUUUUGGAUUUUUCUUGAAAAAUGUAAUUUUUUUACAUCAAUGUCAAUAAAUUUUAGUGUUGAUAUUUAAAGAUUUUCCACUUCUGUUCUCAAAUUAUUACCCGUUGCAAGAAAAUAGUGAGCGAAAAAGGUGCAAAAUCGCUAAUAGACCUCCGCUGGUAUGUUUAAUCGUUAUGGUGUCUUCUACAAUAAGUGCGCGAAUUGGCCAAGGAAUACUGCGCCGAAAACACCGAAAUGAUUUUUCUU